GAAUGUUCUGUAUACUUUAUGUACCGAUUAUGUACGUCAUCGUCACCGUCACCGUCACCAAUGUAGUGUAGGCAGGUGCACGUGAGACUGAGACGACCGUCUGCUAGACGGGUCAGCGGCUAGCUGCACGAGAACGACACAACGUUCCUUGGACAUUCCCCGGGUCGUUUUGAAAAAUCUCGUGAACUUUAUCAGUUCCGCGUGAUUAUGUUACAUAGAUUCGUGGCGGUCGAGGAAAAGCACUAUGUUCACGGUAUUUCGCACGCUACUGAUACUCACGCAUUUUCUCUACGACCUAAUCAUCGCGAUUUAUAAUUAUUGUGUUUUGCUUCACCGUAAAUGCACCGAAAUUUGGCACGGUGAGAAUUCGAGGACAGAAGUGGAGUGGUUGGUGCGCGCCGCGAGUAAAACGAAAAAGCUGCCAAGGCACAUUUUGAUUAUUUUCGGCGCGAAGCAGGACACUAUAUUAGAUUGCGUGCGAAUAAUCGGCUGGUGCAUCACCCUUGGUAUACCUUAUGUCAGCUUUUUUGACAUCAAUGGUUUCUUGGUGAGAAAUGAGAAUUUUCUGAAACAUGAGAUUGCAAAGAGAAGACCUGAUUUAUUGGAUCAUAUCAGCUGGGGUAAACCGAAAACAGUAUUCACACAAAAUGGAGUGACCGGUAAAUGUUCUAAACUGAAGAUACGGGUAUCUCUGUUAUGCGCUUUAGAUGGGAAAGAAGAAAUAGUUACACUGACAAGAAAUUUGGCCGAUGCGGUUCUCACAGGAACAAUUAAAUCUGACGAGAUAGAUGCUGAUUUGCUUAACGAGAAAUUGAAUUCCCGAGGAAUACCUGAUCCCGAUUUAGGAGUAAUCUAUGGCCGCCUUUGUUCUACGUAUGGAGCUUUGCCGUGGCAAACACGAAUAACGGAAUUUUGUAUGUUACCAGUACAUGGUAACUUAUCAGUCAAGGACUUCAUGUGUCUGCUGGAGAAGUACAAUAAAUGCGAACAACGAUAUGGAAAAUAACUGGAAUUGUUACUCUUAUUUGUGUAUAGUUUUUGUAUUCCGAACAAAAGAAAAAGAAUGAAUAUGGAAAAGAAAAUGAAACAAGAAAUAGAUAUUUAAGAAGACUCAUAAAGACUGAAUUUAAAACAAUUUACAGAUACUAUUUUGUAAGUGGUUGCGUGCUAGUGUGUAAUAGUAACAGGGGAUGUGGUGCUUGUAAGGCACGAGUAACGCUUGCAAGCCGAUUCAUUUGAAACGAGUGUCUGCAAGAAGGAUCUUACGUAGGCUUCACUUCAAGACAUUCACACGAGCACCGAGAGAAGAGGAUUUUCACCGAACACUGCGAGAACAGUUCAGUUUAAUUUAGAAUUUAAUUUAAAGAGAAAGAAAAGAGAAGUGUUGCCCAAAGACAGAAGCGUGGUGUUUCUAUUUUCUUCUCGAUGUCGCCAGGCUCCUUGUUAUGUAAUUCGUUGUGAACGAAAAACGGAAAGUACUUCCAGAGAGUACAAGAAAAAUAAUUUAAAUCGCACGAUUUCAGUGGAACAAAAUGUUUGCGUUCAAUGUCCGAAGUACAAAUUUCGUAUUCUUAAAUGUUAAGGGUGAUACUUUUAUAGAUUUUUAACGGUUUCGAUGGUAUUGUUUUCCUUGUAUCCUUCACACGUACAGCCUGACGAAGAGAACUUUAGAAAAACCGAUGCUUCUACAUAUGAAACUAUCUCUGUUUUUUAAAGAAACUUGGGACAAAAUUGCUGCAUUUAAAUGUCCAUUACAUUGUCAGCGAAACACCGACAUUCCUUGUACAUACGAUAGUUUAUCCAUAAAAUCUUCGUGCACGUGGAUAUUUUAAUAUUAUCAAAUGACAAACGAUUCUCUUCAUUUGAUCUUAUUGUUAGUGAUAUUUUCCAUGAGAAGAAGCGCCUAUCGUCGAGUCUAAAAUUUCCGAACACGUAAAUAUAAUCCUUUUUUGCAGAAACGUUGUGUUCGAGCUUUAUUUUACAACCCAUAUUGUUCUUACAAACUUGCGAUAAGGUUUCUGUAUUUUCAUUUGUGUUUUCGGAAAGCAAAGUCGAAUGUCUGAGCAGCUAUACUGUAAAUCACUGUUGUACUUAUAUGCGCCGGAUAAGAGAUAUCUCCACGCGAGCAAAACGAUGCGAACGUUUAAAUAAAUUAUUUUAAAUGAC